UUUUAGUCGUGUAAUAAUUGAUUUUUACGCUACAAAAGUGCCCUUCUCUCAUGAAAACAUUUGUUUCCAUACUGCGGCAUUACAAGUGUUUGAAAAAUGAAGACGAUGCGCCUGAAAACUCCGCUCAAGGUAGCAGCGCCAAGGUCGGCCAUCAAAAGCCGUGGAAAUUCUGGCAACAACUUGGUAAGAGAUCCUGUCCAAGUGUACUGCCGCAUUCGACCGCCACCGUGCGAAUCCGAUCUUAUCUGUUUACGCGUCACCGAUGCUCAUACGGUCGUUUUGACGCCGCCAGAAAUAGCUAUCAACUACAAGGUAGCUAAUCUGAAGGAAACACAGUACAUCUUUAAGCGUGUGUUCGACGACUCGAUCCGGCAGCAUGAAGUAUACACGUCGGUCGCGCAACCACUGGUGGAGGGAUUGAUUCGUGGCCGAAAUGGGCUACUGUUCACGUAUGGCGUUACCGGGAGUGGCAAAACGUACACCAUGACUGGGGAUCUGCAGCAUCGCGGUAUAAUGCCCCGAUGCUUGGAUGCACUGUUUCGUACGAUUGCCGACUUUCAGGCUAAGAAGUACACCUUUAAAUCGGAUCGGCUUAACGGGUUCGACAUUCUUACCGAGGCGGAGGGUUUGCUCGAGCGACAAGCGGAGAUGAACGCCAAACUGACAAAAACAACAAGAAAAAAGGAUCUCGAUCAAGAGGUGGCAUCGCAAGCUUCGGUGGAACCAUCGGAAAUAAGUGGCAUUGAGGAGGAUAAUAUCUACGCCGUAUUUAUAAACUAUGUAGAAGUGUAUAAUAACAGCGUGUACGAUUUAUUGGAAGAAACCACCAUUCAGAAAACAAUGCAAAGCAAAAUGAUCCGAGAAGACGCCAAUCACAACAUGUUUGUCCACGGCGUGACUGAGGUAGAGGUGAAGUCGGUUGAAGAUGCACUGGAACUGUUCCAGAUUGGGCAAAAGCGAAAGCGAAUGGGUCACACGAUCUUGAACGCAGAAUCCAGCCGGUCUCAUUCCGUUUUCACCAUUCGACUCGUUCAAGCCCCAGUAGACGUACAGGGAGAGAAUGUGGUCCAGGACCGUAACGCCAUUACGGUCAGUCAGCUUUCGUUGGUAGAUUUGGCAGGCAGCGAGCGUACGAACCGGACGGGCAAUACGGGCCAACGGUUGCGUGAGGCAGGCAAUAUCAACAACAGUUUGAUGACGCUGCGAACUUGUUUGGAAAUUUUGCGCGAAAAUCAGCAAACCUGCGGUGGGAAGAAGGUGCCGUACCGCGAUUCCAAGAUUACACAUCUGUUCAAGAACUAUUUCGACGGUGAAGGACAGGUGCGGAUGAUUGUGUGCGUAAAUCCGCGGGCGGAAGACUACGACGAAACGGCACAGGUGAUGAAGUUUGCCGAAAUGACCCAAGAUGUACAGAUCGCGCGACCAACACCGAUCAAGCUCGAUAUGGGUCUUACACCGGGCCGUCGUCGUGCGAACCAGCUGUUUAAGUUGGCGUACGACGAACUGGCCGAAAGAAACCAUCCUCAGCAGCAGCAGCAUCAAAAUGUCGAUCGAAUUGAGAUCGAUCUCGGGCUGGUCUACAGCUUGGAACCGUUUGUGGCGGAAAUGAAGCUCGGAUCGCCGGAAAGUAACGAGCUGAUUCGCAAGUUGUCAGAGAUAUUGGAGCUGCGAAUGAAGAAGCGUAAACUACUGGAUGAAGAUUUCAACGUGCGACAAAAUCGGUUCCGCAUGAAUUUACACAAAAUGGAAAGCGAAAACUUGGCCCUUCGCACCGAAAGUGUUUCGCUCAAGGGAGUUCUUGCCCAGAACAAGCAGAAAAUUACCGCUCUAGAGAACAAGAUCGUGAUUUACGAGAGUUCGAUCGAUGAUCUGAAUCGUCGCAAUCGGGUGUUAGAGGAGCGCGUGCGGGAGUUACAAACGCAGUUGAAUCAGAAAACGCAGCUCGUCAGCCAGAAGGAGCUGGAAAAGGAAAGGCAAAGGAAAAAGUUUACGUCCAAAUUUGCUGUCGAGUCGGAAAAGAUGAGCCGCGAGCUAGAGCUCAAGCUGAUGGAACAAAAGAAUAAGCUACAGGAUGAAAUGCGGGACAAGGAAGAGCGACUCCGAAUGGUUUCGGAAAUUGUCCAGGGCACACCGGUCAAGCGGACUCGUUCAAAUAGUUUCGAUAAAGACUUUCAACGGUUGGAAUCGACGCCGAAUGUCAAGUCGCUCGUGUCGGCUUAUGCUGCGCCGCGUUCUUCCAGGCCCGGUACAGCGGUCUCGAACACUAGACACCGUCGGUCCCGCUCGACUGGUGAUCGUUGGCUGGAACACCGUGCAGCCAAUACCGUCCCACUGGGUACGAUCCUGCAACCGUACUACAGUAACUCCAAAUCCGUUACCAAACUAACCGACAAGGAUGUGCUGGCCGAAAAGACAACAAAGUAUUGUCUGAUACAGCAGGACGCAGAUACGGAAGGUGAGCUGGAAACAAAACUGUACAAAGGGGACAUUAUUCCGACCUGUGGUGGAGGUGCACAGGUAGUCUUCAACGAUGUCGAGUGUCUGAAACAGUAUUCGCCCACUAAGACGCCACCAAAUAGGAAACGAUCUGGUAAUUUAAUCACUCCGAGUGCUCCGCCUUUGAGUGAAAUACAAAACAUCAAUUCCAAAUGUAGUACGGCUAUCGAAGGACAUGCCGUAGCAGAUGGACAAAACAAGCGGUCACGCCACUGAU